AUGAAUGCCGAGUGUGAUUACCUGUUUAAACUGUUGCUGAUCGGAGAUUCAGGUGUGGGCAAAUCUUGUCUACUGCUGCGCUUCGCCGACAACAAGUACAGUGAUGGUUACGUCUGUACCAUUGGUGUGGACUUCAAGAUUCGUACUAUCCAACUGAAUGGUAAAAUUGUGAAGCUGCAGAUCUGGGACACCGCUGGCCAGGAGCGCUUUCACACCAUCACCUCAAGCUACUAUCGGGGAGCUCAUGGCGUUAUCUUGGUGUAUGAUGUGAGCAGCCUUGAGUCCUUUGUCAACGUGAAGCAGUGGCUGGUCGAAGUGGAGCACCGUGGCAGUGAAACCACCGACAAGGUAUUGGUAGGCAAUAAGAGUGACCUUGUUACCGAGAGAAUGGUAGACCCUCUCAUGGCCAAGGAGUUUGCCGAUUCCCUGGGCAUCCCUUUCCUGGAGACCAGUGCCAAGAACGCCAUUAAUGUCGAGCAAGUCUUCCUCACCAUCGCGGCCGAAAUCAGGAAACACCUCAGAUGUGAACCAUUUUCCGCCAAGGAUCUCCCUGCACUCAAGAUUAAUAGCUCUCCUGUGAAGAUGGCGUGUGGGGGUUGCUGCUAAGGGGCCCGGCUAGGGUAGGGGGUCCGAGGUGGUGGCCAAGGAGAUAGUCAAUUCUUCUCAUGUCACUGAUGCUUCCUCUUAGACAAGAAGAGGUGCGCCUAAUGUCCCUCAAAUCCACAUUUCUCCCCAGUCCAUUCCAAUUCACUUAAUUCAUUGAGUUCCCCCAAUUUCCUCAUAGGGAACUUGAUUAAAUUUCUAGCCAGAAGAUG